AUGAGGCUAAGCUCCCCCCCCCCCUCUCCUUUCCACCUUUUACAGCAACUACAGACAAUGAAACAAGAACGUUCGGCCACAUUCCGACGGGACCACCCAGCUACAAUGGAGUCUGUUCUGUCAACAAACCAACGUGCGUGUCAGGGAGAAAUAAACACCGGG